AUGGAGCCCGAUUGUGCUCCUGGAACUGCAGCAAUUUUCUUAUUUUCUAGUAGACCAUGUGUAGUGUGUGGAAAAGAAGCUUAUCAUAAUAACUUUGGAGCGCUCACCUGUGACGCUUGCAAAAUGUUCUUCCGUCGAGCAAUUUUAUUAGGAAAAGAAUACUCUUGCAACCCUGCAGACGGAUUUCUCAAGUCUACUGGAAUGCAUGUCAAAUGCUGCUCAUGUCGCCUCAAGAAGUGCCUCGAAGUGGGAAUGAAUCCUCAAAGAUUAGCAAAGUUAAAAGUGGAGAUUGACGCUAAAACCCGCAAAUUAGGAACCACAAUGAAAGAACUUUUGUGGAGAGACAAGAAGAGACAAGGCAACCUGAUGAAUUUCUAUUCCACCGAUAAUUUGAACUUGGAAACGAUUGUAUGGAAUCCCAAUUUGGUUCGGAAAAUGAGACGAGAUCCCAACUACCUGGUUACACCUGAUGAGUGGGCAUAUUUGGCAUUAUAUUCGCACACUGUUUACUUUCUCCAAUUCGAUUUUGUCAAGCAGCUAUCAUUCGAAGACAAAAUCAAAGUUUUCAAAUUCAACAUGCUCCCAUUAGCAUAUUUUGCUGGCCUAAUGAGAACGAAAAACGAAAAAGGGGAUUAUAUGUAUAGCCCUGGUGGCCAGUCUAUCUAUCCGAUUGCACUGCAGAAUGAGUAUAAGGAUAAUCAUCUUCCUCUGACCACGCUUUGCUCGGAACCGGUCUCCCGUCUCUUGGAACUCGAUGUCACUGAUGAAGAGUAUUGCUUGAUGAACAUUAUAUUCUUCUGUAAUCCAGGACUCCAAGGACUGUCUGAAGCAGGCAGUGAAAUUCUCCAUACCGAACAUCGAAAGUAUUUCGCUUUUCUCUUGGAGCAUUGCAAACAGAAGCAUCCAAAGAGCUUCAUUCAGCGGAUCACUGACUUGAUGUCGUUUCAUUCAAAGAUAAUAAACAAUGCAUCGGCGAUGGAAGGACUAUUCUCCCUGUUUCUUGCCAACAAGCCCAAUUAUAAAUUCUAUAUGUUGAUUGAAGACUCAUUUCAUCUUUGA